UCAACGGCUGAGAUCUCUGGUGCAGUGCUUUCUCGUAGAACGAACGAACAAUCUCCUCUCUCUUUCUUCCUUGUUUUUUCAAUUUUAUUUUUGUUUUCCCAAAAAAAUCCUGAAAAAUUCGUAAUUUUCUGGAAAAAGAAAUUCUGUGGCAUCUUCUAACCAUGGCAUUCAUGGAAGAAGAGAGAGCAAAUUUUGAGAACGAGGUCAAAAUUAAGGAUUUGAAUGGAGAAGGCGGCAUUGAAGACGAGAGUCCAGUGAAGAACUCUGUAGAAUAUGAGGAGGAUGAGGAGGAAGAAGAAGACGGUGAUGAUGAUGACAACGACGAAGACGAAGAAGAAGAUGGAGACGACGAAGACGAAGACGGAGAUGGAGAAGAAGAGGAAGAGGAGGGGGAAGAUGCGCAGGUCUUGCAGUCUGCAGGUGGGCCAUCAAUUCAGUCAGUCGACGAUGAGGAUGAGGAUGAUGAUGGAGAAGGCGGUGAUGGUGAUGAUGACGACAACGACGACGACGACGACGACGACGACGGGGAGAGCGACGAAGACGAUGAGGAUGGCGAUGAAGAGGAGGAUAUACCUACAGAAUACCUUGUGAGGCCGGUUGCUCGAGCUGAAGAUGAGAAAGAUGCCAGUGAUUUCAAACCAGAAGAAAAUGGUGAGGAUGAAGAUGACGAUGAUGAGGGUUUUGGCAAGGUCGAAGCUCCACCAAAGAGGAAGAGGUUGGGCAAAGAUGAUUCUGAUGAUGAUGAUGGUGGAGAGGAUGAUGAGAGACCAUCCAAGCGAUAGGGCUUUGUCCCUUGUUGGUUGAGGAAUGGGCCGUCUGGCCAUUGACAUAUAGGUCAAUAUCUCUCUUGCCCAUCUCUUAUUAGAAAGUAGAGUAGAUGCUCCGUGUGUUAUGAUGAUACUGAACUAUUUACUUUAGUGUCUAGUAGUAUAGUAUGUCUUGUAUGUUAUUUGCAUAGUUAUGGUGGGCUUUGAGGAGACUAUUUGAAGCAAGUGGUUUAGAAUCUGUAUAAGUUAUGAUCUUAGACAAAGUGUAGACUGUUUUUAAGUGCUUUGAUACUGUUUGAUUGAAAAUCUGCCAGAUGUUAUAUCUUUGAUGUUAUGUCGAUCGCUUGUUGUUUAUGAGAGUGGUUGGUUUAUAAAUUCCUCUUGGCACUUC